AUGGCAGACUUGAUGUCCCUCUACCAGUUCAACCUCUACACACUCAUGAUGCUACACACAUUCUCCACGUGGGAAGCUGUGACAAAAUUUGGAUCAGAAGGUGAUAAUGUAGAGGAAGGUAACAGUGUAAUAGAAGGUGACAGUGUAGUAGAAGGUGACAGUGUGGUAGAAGGCGACAGUGUAGUAGAAGGUGACAGUGUAGUAGAAGGUGACAGUGUAGUAGAGGGUGACAGUGUAGUGAAAGGUGACAGUGUAGUAGAAGGUGACAGUGUAGUAGAGGGUGACAGAGUAGUAGAAGGUGACAGUGAAAUAGAAGGCUACAGUGUAGUAGAAGUUGACAGUGUAGUAGAGGGUGACAGUGUAGUAGAAGUUGACAGUGUAGUAGAAGGUGACAGUGUAGUAGAGGGUGACAGUGUAGUAGAGGGUGACAGUGUAGUAGAAGGUAACAGUGUAGUAGAAGGUGACAGUGCAGUAGAAGGUGACAGUGUAGUAGAGGGUAACAGUGUAGUUGAAGGUGACAGUGUAGUGGAGGGUGACAGUGUAGUAGAAGGUAACAGUGUAGUAGAAGUUGACAGUGUAGCAGAGGGAAACAGUGUAGUAGAGGGUAACAGUGCAGUAGAAGGCGACAGUGUAGUAGAGGGUAGCAGUGCAGUAGAAGGCGACAGUGUAGUAGAAAGUAACAGUGUAGUAAAAGAUAACAGUGUAGUAGAAGGUGACAGUGUGGUAGAAGGUCACUGUGUAGUAGAAGGUAAUAGUGUAGUAGAAGUUGACAGUGUAGUAGAGGGAAACAGUGUAGUAGAGGGUGACAGUGUAGUAGAAGGUGACAGUGUACCAGAAGAUGAAAGCAGUGUAGCAGAUGACACAGUUGUGGGAGAUGACGACAGUUUGGCAGAAGAUGAUGACAGUGUGGCAGAUGACAGUGUAGCAGAAGGUGAUGACAGUGUAGCAGACGAUGGUGACAGUUUAGCAGAUGAUGACACUGUAGCACAUGACAGUGUACCAAAUGAUGAUGACAGUGUAGCAGACGAUGGUGAGAGUUUAGCAGAUGAUGACAGUGGAGCAGAUGAUGACAGUGUAGCAAAAGAUGAUGACAGUGUAGCAGAAGAUGAUGACAGUGUAGCAGAAGAUGACAGUAUCACAGAAGAUGAUAAGAGUGUAGCAGAAGAUGAGGACAGUGUAGCAGAAGAUGAUGACAGUCAAGCAGAUGAUGAUAGUGUAGGAGAUGACGACAGUGUAGCAGAAGAUGACGACAGUGUAGCAGAAUAUGAUGACAGUCAGAAGAUGAUGACAGUAGCAGAUGAUGAUGACAGUAUAGCAGAAGAUGAUGACAGUGUAGCAGAAUAUGAUGACAGAGAAGCAGAAAGCGAAAAUGUAGGUGACAGUGUAGCAGAAGGUGACAGUGUAGCAGAAGAUAGUGCCAUUGUAGUAGAAGGUUAUGACAGUGUAGCAGACGAUGAUGACAGUGUAGCAAAAGGUAAUAGUGUAACAGAAGGUGAUAGUGUAGUAGAAGAUGGUGACAGUGUAGCAGAAGAUGAUGACAGUGUAGCAGAUGAUAACAGUGUAGCAGGUGAUAGUGUAGCAGAAGAUGAUGACUUUGUAGCAGAAGAUGAUGACAGUGUAGCAGAAGAUGAUGACAGUGUAGCAGAUGAUGACAGUCAGAAGAUGAUGACAGUAGCAGAUGAUGGCAGUGUAGCAGAAGAUGAUGAUAGUGUAGCAGAAGAUGAUGACAGUGUAGCAGAAGAUGAUAACAGUGUAGCAGAAGAUGAUGACAGUGUAGCAGAUGAUGGCAGUGUAGCAGAAGAGGAUGACAGUGUAGCAGAUGACAGUAUCGCAAAAGAUGAUGAUAGUGUAGCAGAAGAUAAUGACAGUGUAGCGGAAUAUGAAGGCAGUGUGGCAGAAGAUGAUGACAGAAUAGCAGAUGACACAGUGUAG